GAUAUUGGCUCCUUGGGACUUCGGGACUCUUAGCUGGCAUGGUGCUGGUCGGAGGAUAUACCAGAUUGUCUGGUGCUGGCCUCUCGAUGACCAACUGGAAAUUCCAAGGAUCGCUCCCACCUAAUACUCCCGAGGCUUGGGAGCAUGAAUUCCUCCGCUACCAAGAAUUUCCUGAGUACCAGCGAAUCCACAAGAACACAAUGACAGUUGAUGAGUUCAAAGAGAUAUACCUUAUCGAGUGGUUUCAUAGAAUGCUCGGAAGAGGUAUCGGGAUAUUCGUCGGAGUGCCCUUUAUUUUCCUAUCACUGAGCAGAGUCAUUAAGUGGCCCUUGGGGACCCGCUUAAGUCUCCUCCUGGGUGCCGGUGCCACACAAGGUAUAGUCGGGUGGUGGAUGGUUCGCUCUGGUCUCGAGGAGAACCCUGAUCCCUAUGCGAGGCCUCGAGUUUCCAGCUAUCGCAUGUGCUCCCACUGGCUAAUGGCACUGCUUCUCUAUGGAGGUACCGUAUGGUGCGGUUUGUCAGUACUCAGACCCACUCCAGCAUCAACUAA